GACUCAGUGUAAGGUUUAUCUUCCAUUUCAGUGGAGGCUGCACAAUGAAUGAAAAUUGCGUGUCAAACUUGACAUUGUAACUCUGCACUGAUUUAAAAACUCAGCUAGGAAUUAAAAAAGUGAUUUGAGACGAAACGUAAAAAUACGGUCUAUUUUUCUACAUUAUUACUACAGUGUGCGGUAGUUAUAUACUUUCGAAGUGGGAAGUGAACUCAUUGUUUUGGUUGUACCCUGAUAAUGUUUGAGAUAUAACAGUGAAUAAGACUUGCAGAAAAAAGAUAGAGUGUAACUAAUAUGCCGGGAGGAAAUCAGUACAAUUUCUUGUACCGACACCGUCGCAAUGAACAUCUCGUGAGAAAUAACGUUCGUUUUAAACAGUAGUUGUGCAUCAGACUAUGUACUGUGUGUGUGUGUGUGUUAGUUACGCAUCCCAGAAUGAUUUAGUGCCAAAGUGCAUGUGGACAUGAGCCUUUCACGAAGUAAGGCCCAAAUUUUGGACGGUUUUGAAGGAUCUCACAGAUACGUUUUCCAGAGGUUUGUUUAUGGACCUCUGAGAGACCAAAUCCAGUGUUUGGCAGACGCCCACCGAUGAUGAAUGCAUUUCUUGUUGUUUAACACUAAUAAAUUGUUUUCCGGUGGUAUGCAGAAGCGAUCCGACGGCUAUGUAAUUGAUCAGCACCAGGGAUUUUUAGCUUGUAAAAUGAUGGCAGAAUUUUAAGCUUCGUGGCAGAUCAUUUCUGAUAUGAUGGAUGGUGAAAGUCUGGAUGCACAGCAAAGUAGCCACAGAGAGUUAAUGGCCUCUUUAGAAUCACGCAAGAAUUCAAUAGAGCUGAAACUGCAGGACUGCACUCAAGAAUUGAAGGAGCUGUGUAUUAAAGAAGCUGAACUAACAGGAGUUCUUCCUCCUGAGAUACCGUUAGAGCCAGGCGAGUCUCCUCCACAGUUUCGCAAGCGUGUGGGCACAGCUUUCCAGUACCCAGAAAACUUAAUAAAUGGAUGCAAGAUAUCAAAGUCAAAAGAAGAAGAAACCAUUGAUACCUUGGAACUGGCACUGAAGAUUCAGACAGGUAUUGUGGAAGUGGCACUUGGUCUAGCAAAUGACCCCAAUGCAAGUAAAGCAGUACGCCGUAAGCGUAGACAAGACUACCAACUUGCAUAUGAACGUCUUCAGGAACUGAAGGCACAACUUGCUAACUGCCGUCAGGCACACAAGACACUGAAGCAAAGAAAAAAGCCACGACCACCGCUUGACUGUGAAAUAGGCACCAGCACAUUGCCAAUCCAGAAGGCAGAAAAUGAAACAGAGCCACGAUGCCCAAAUUAUUGGCACCAAACUCAUGAUGAUACAGUUGAUGGUGUAGCUUUAUUCAGACAUUCUGCUGCACAAAAUGUCUUUUUGAGGCACCCGCAGGAUGCAAAAGCUGUUUACACCCUUCAGCACCACAGGCAUGGGUACUAUCAAUCACAUUUCAUACCAGGCCAAUAUGGAGGACAUCACUAUCCAACACUUGCUUCAUGUGCCCAUCCAGAGUUGGAACGUAUGGGAUACUGGACACAUCAUGACCAUAGUCCAGUUUCAGUAAACAGGAUACACGAUGUCCCAGAUCAAGAAAAAUCUUGGUACUCUUCGACUCAUCGUCCAGUUCGUGGGGUCUCGUCUGAAUGUAUCGAGUCACAGCACGAUCGUGAAUGGUUUGGAAGUCUAGAUAGAAGAAAGGUGGUUGGCUCAACUCAGAGUGAUGCUGAUUAUAGCUCAGACCCAAGGUGCACAGACAGAAAUAAUGGAUACUGUCUCGUUCCACCACAUGGACAUUUCACACAAAAAGUGUCAUUGCCUCAAACACUGCUCCCAAAUCAGAUGUACCCUGAAGCUGCGAGCAUCGAUUCCCACGGUUUAGUGCGUGCACACUCUCUUGACAGUGUUGGACAACAACAUAUUGGAGUGGAUCACUGUUCUAGCAACAGAAAGCCCAAAGAGAAGGAGUGGUACGAAACAUCAUUAGAUUCAACACCUCGACGCACGAAGCUCAUUUCUCAGCGACACGGUAGCCCCAUUUCUCAGCGACACGGUAGCCCCAUUUCUCAGCAACACGGUAGCCCCAUUUCUCAGAGGCAUAGUAGCCCCAUUUCUCAGCGACAUGGUAGCCCCUCUGUAAUUAGGACAGGAGGAACUACAGUGAAAAUGAUGAGUGAAGAUAUAGAUGUCAUUUCCCGUGACCCAUCUGCUCUCAAAAAGUGUGAAGUGAGCGCCGAAGUUUGUAAUAAUGAUGUGUCACAUAAUGGAGAAAUAUCCGUACCUAUUAGCGUUCGUGGCUUGUUGUCUUCACCUGUGUCUACCACUUUAGAUGGUGCACGUUCCGAAGGUAGUGACACUUCUGUUACUAUGAUGACUGCAAAUACUGCUACUACACCGACGAUGCUCACUGUAGGUAGCUUCGAUACAAUUGUUCCUUUUGAAUCCCCAAAGAAUCAUACUGUAGUUCAAGCUGGUAUGUGGCAGCCAUACCGUGAAGUGACAAAGCCAUUUGAAAUGUCAGAUUUUUAUAAGUACAGUACAAAAUUCCGCAAAGCAGCAAGUAAUACUUGUCAACAGCCUCAGGCCUCACCCCAGCAAAAAGGAAUAUAUCAGCCUCUGCAGCCCAUGACAUGUAAACCUUUGGAUCCUGCUGCAUCGGAUGAAUUAAGGGUCCAGGAUGCAUCCCCAAAUCCUUCAGUUAAAGAUACUGUAACUCCAGAGUCAGUUGGAGACACAUUCUCAAAUGAAAUGUUGGCAUGGUAUCAAGAUCAGAAUGUUCCUCGAUCUGCAACGUUGGUGUGAUAAAUACUAGUUUCCAUGAUGCGAGAAGCUUACCGUGGAAUACCUAAAGGCGUGAAGAAUUUGUAAACAAUUAUGACAGUGUGAUUUGAGAAAUGUACAGUCAAUUGUGAUGAAGUUAACAAGUCCGUGUACUCCUCGUCUUCAAUAAUGUGCCCCCGCCCCCACCCGGCCGUGUGGCCACACUGACCAAAAUGAUUUUGUGUAACACAUAGUGCCUUAUAUGUUUAUGAAAUUGUAAUUUUUUAAGAAAUGUUGAUUUAGUGUAACAAUCCCCGUGUUUGAGUACAAUUGAUGCCUUAAAAGUGUGAUAUUUAAGUGAAUGAAAAAUAAUUUUAGGAAUAUUUUGAUGAAAUCAGUAUGACUGAUGUUUUUUUUUGAGAUGAAAUUUCACCUUAGAUGUGUGUGGGAACUUCGAUCUCUCUCUCUCUCUCUCUCUCUCUCUCUCUCUCUCUCUCUCUCACUCUCUGCCUGCCUGCACCCUCCCCUUAUAUAUAGAAAUGGCGCAUAAAAUCAGACAUGGAACAAGAUUGAACAGUUUUGUGAAUCAGAAAUUUCCAAUUUUCAUAUAGUUGAAGCAAAUUAUACAGUACCAUGUGUCAAAUUAAACAGAAACCUCAUCAACAAUGUCCACCUCUGUGUAACUAAUGGAGGCUGUUACUGCUUAGACUUGAAAUAUACAGGGUGGCCAUAAUAGAGCUGUCCUGGAAAAUGUUUAUAAAUCUGACACAAAAUAUAUUACCCUAGAUAAUGAACAGGAGAACCAUUCUUUAAAUAAGAGACUGAAAAAGGACACCAUUGAUAUUAUUUCAGAAAGCUCUUUGCUGCUAUCAUUACAUUGUCACAAAAUAUCAAAAGAACUUUUUGCGCGAGUUGGAAAUUUGGCUACCGUGUUUUGAAAUGUGAGAAGCAAUACAUUAAUGAUUUCAGUUGCAAACUGUCCACUGUCUGUCUGGUAAAUUUUGAGUGUAUAGGUUGAGAUUAGCUGAUAUUGUUGAAGACAUUUAUUAUUAAGAAUUUAAUAUAGGAUAGGCAUUUUUGCAUUUGUUGUUGAAUGUGCCAUAGAGCUGGAGCAUUCACACGUAGAACCUUUGUUUUUCAUUAAUUUUCCUGUGGUAAUGAUUAGUGUUGCUGAACCUAUCCUGAUAAUUUUUCCCAAGGCCAAUUUGAGUUCCAGUGUUAGUCAAAGUAUCUACAUUUGGCUUUCUCCCUUUCAUGAACUUUUGCUGAUUUUUGUCUAAUGCUGAAACAGUUGUUGAGAUAGUCAAAUAAGAUGACCCAGUGGUAUCAGUUUUAUUUCAUUUGACAUGGAAUUUGUACUAUUAAUAUUGAAUCCAUGAAAAUGAACCUGCUCAAAACUGAAGCCUAUUGCUGAUAAUUUAUUGAAGUUAUUUUCUUUCCUGCUGAAUAUGAUAAGUAAUUUGUAUUCAUGUCAUUAAUAGCAAGGCGUCUAGGUUGUGUGGCAAUAUUUGAAGUUUUUGUAUGACUACUUCUAGAGUCAGAUAGAAAAGAUUAUAGGGAGGACAUCCUCUUGUCUGACUUUUGUACUGAUGCUAAACCAAGUACUUAAUAUUCCGUAUACUCAAACUGCAGUGUUGGAAUCAGCCAGUAGUUCUUGAAUGAGUAAGAAGUAUUUAGAUGGUACACCAAAUAGUUACACCUGAUUUAGCAUGUCUGCCUUAAUAUUAUCAAAGCUAUUUCUGUUUCUAAUGCGUUUCAUAUUUCUUAUGAGUGAUGCUGUCAAAUAUCUGUAAAAAUGUGCUUUUUUCCCCAAUAAGUAGAUUAUACAAAAUGUGAAACUGCAGUGCUUAACUUCGACUAAGCAAUUAUAUAUGAAAGAACCAUUAAGAAAGGUCUGCGUAGAGAACCCAGUAACUCAAGUGUUUCAUAUGUGAUGUGAUUGUGAUUAUGUAAUCCUUUUCUUUCUGUGUGUAAAGUGUAAAGCUGACUCCAUUGUAAGUACAGCUACACCUCAUUCACAAAAUUUCAUCUGUUACUGUAUAAGUUUCUUUCAGAUUAUCAUUUUUAUCUAAUGUGUGAACUCUAGUUUCAUAAUCAUUAAGUAAUGUUCCCAUGCAAUAAUGUUCAUGUAUAAAACAGGAUCAUAAAAAAAGUAUAUUUUUCAGAACAUCAAGUACCUUUUGUCUUGUGGCACAAAGUUAUUACAUUAUUACAGAGAGGAGAAAACUGGAAGCAGGGAGGGAGAUGGUUAUGUAUUUUGUACAUAAAUUAUACUUGUACAUAUCAAGAGACUGUAUAACUUAUAUUUUUAU